AUGGCGGAACGAAUCAAGCUCCGGUACAGAGCAUCACUGUGAGAUGUUUCUUCGGUGGUGAACGUCACAUCACUAGUGGAUCAUGCCUUUCCCUUUGUCAACAGGACUCCGUUCUUUUAUUCGGAUUACGGGUUUAUCUGGAUUUCAUCUUGACGUUCUUCAUACAUCAUCUCAGUGACUCUCAGAACAGGGUUCUGUUCUUCUUUCAUGGAUUACUGAUUUAUCUGGAUUUCAUCUUCAACAUUUGACCCGAUCCUGGACUGUGACGUUCUUCGUAGAUCAUCUGAAUUUAAUAACAGUUUCAGUGAGUAAAUUUUAACCAACAUCAGUCCAGAUGGAGUUUGUGAAAGAGGAGAGUGAGAUCAUGAGUGAUCCAGAAGUCUGCAGAAUUAAACAUGAAGAUACUGAGGAACUAAUAGACCUGAUGGAAGUGAAGGAGGAAAGUCAAGAGCUGGAAAUACUUUCACACACUGAAAACAAGUUCACACAGAAAAAUACUGACAGAGCAGAAGCCAAAAAGUCGUUCACCUGCAGUCAGUGUGGAAAGAGUUUCAGAUAUAAAAGACACCUUAAGGAACACAUGAGAAUCCACACUGGAGAGAAACCGUACACAUGUGAUCAGUGUGGAAAGAGUUUUGCACAUAAAAACAACUUUAAGACACACAUAAUUAUUCAUAAUGGAGUACAGCCUUACACAUGUGAUAAGUGUGGUAAGAGUUUCACAUGUAAAGCAAUUCUUAAGAAACAUGUAAUAAUUCACGCUGAAAAGAAGCCGCACACAUGUGAUCUGUGUGGAAAUAGUUUUGCACAAAAACAAUCCCUUACGAUUCACAUGAGAAUUCAUACUGGAGAGAAACCGUACACUUGCAAUCAGUGUGGAAAGGGUUUCACAAAAAAACAAUCCCUUACGAUUCACAUAAGAGUUCACACUGGAGAGAAACCGUACACUUGCAAUAAGUGUGGAAAGAGUUUUGCACAAAAAGGAGCACUCGAUGGACACAUGAGAGUUCACACUGGAGAGAAGCCAUACACAUGUGAUCAGUGUGGAAAGAGAUUAAGAUGUCGAAAAAGUCUUAAAAACCACACGAGAAUCCACACCGGAGAGAAGCCGCAUAUAUGUGUUCAGUGUGGAAAGAGUUUUGUUCUGUCAAAAUAUCUCCGUGAUCAUCUGCUCUCUCACACUGGAGAAAGACCAUUUAACUGUGAUCAGUGUGGUAAAAAAUUUAUUCUCGAAUCAGCCAUGAAGAAACACCUGAAAGUUCAUACAAAGGAGAAGCAUCACGUCUGUUCUACUUGUGGAAAGAGUUUUUCAUUGCUGAACAAUUUGAAGGUGCACCAGAAAACACACACCGGUGUAAAAGAUCAUGUGUGCUUUCAGUGUGAAAAGACUUUUACCACAGCUGGUAGUUUGAAAGAGCACAUGAGAAUCCACACUGGAGAAAAACCUUACAAGUGUUCACACUGUGACAAGAGAUUCACUCUGUCAUCUCACCUGAAAAGACAUGAGAAGAUCCACACUGGAGAGAAACCGUACCACUGCCCUUCAUGUGGGAAGAGUUUCAUCCAAUCAAGUAAUCUACAGAGUCAUAUGAAAAAGCUUCAUCCACAGUUCUCAGGGUGAACACUUGUUCAUCGUGUGGAUUUAAAUCAGGUUUUUGUUCUUGCCAGUAUUUCUACUGUAUGAAUUGUUCACAAAAAAAUAGAUCAAGCUGGGAUGUAAUUUAAUGUGUUGUAUAGAGUUUGCUACUGAUUGAGAUAUGGGGCAGCUGUGGCUCAGUUGGUAGAGCAGGUCGGCCACUUAUCGCAGGAUUGGUGGUUCGAUUCCCAGCCCACACGAAGUGUCCUUGGGCAAGGCACUGAACCCCAAAGUUGGUCCCAAUGGCAGGCUAGCACCUUGCAUGCAGCUCUGCCGCCAUUGGUGUAUGAAUGUUUGUGUGAAUGUGUGUAUGAAUGGGUGAACGUGUCACAGUGUAAAGCGCUUUGAAUACCGUUACGUGUAUAUAUAAGGCGCUAUAUAAGUGCAGACCAUUUAACAUUUUUACAGGAAAUUAUGAGAAAUGUAAUAUUCUACAAAAUCUAGUUUUAAAUUCAGAUCUUUUUCAAUGCAGUUAAUGUGUUAAUGUGUAAAAGUGUAAUAUUUCUGUUAUGUCUAUAAUGUGUAGACUCAAAGGUACACUAAUUAAAAUGUUCCACAUUAAAAACAGUUUUAGUACUUUUGGAUGUUGUAUUUGCAUGUGUGAGGUUAAAGACAAUAUGAGAAGAAAUAGUUCACACGAGUGCAUGGCUGUCACUUUGUUUUAAGAAGUAAAUAUUUAUGAGUUAAAUGUUUUGUAUUUUACUCAAUAAAAUA